GUCACAAGGACAGCUCUCUAAAAAGGCCAAUGUGCACACCAAACCUUGGUAACAUGCAUCCAAUAACCUCCUUCGUUAAGAAGCCAAUUUUGUCUCCAAGAAUUUCUCAACCACACUAUUAGUAUUAGGCAAAGCAACACCCACCAUACAACAAACUCUCCCAAUGCCAACCAUUUUCCCAAGGAUUUUCCUUAUUUACAACCUUCUUAAUACAUUCCUCCUCUCUUUGGUCCCCAAGAACCUAAGGCCUCUCCUCCCUUCUUCUUGGUUCCCCUGCCAAACCAAUCUUGUUGCUACCAAUACACCAUUACCCCAUUUUCCACCAUCUUCAUCUUCGUCUUCUUUGCCCUGCGGUGCUCCUAAAGUUAUUCGAAUGGACCCCAAUGAGCUAAAACGUGUGUUUCAAAUGUUUGAUCGCAAUGGGGACGGCCGGAUCACCAAGCAGGAGUUGAAUGACUCUUUGGAGAACUUGGGCAUCUUUAUCCCGGAUAAGGAGCUCUUCAACAUGAUCCAAAAGAUUGACGUAGACGGGGACGGGUGCGUCGACAUUGAUGAGUUUGGAGAGUUGUACCAGUCUAUCAUGGAUGAGCGUGAUGAGGAUGAAGACAUGAAGGAGGCGUUUAAUGUGUUUGAUCAAAAUGGAGACGGGUUCAUCACCGUUGAUGAGUUGAGGUCGGUUUUGUCCUCGCUCGGGCUUAAGCAGGGGAGGACUAUAGAGGACUGCAAGAGGAUGAUCAUGAAGGUGGAUGUGGAUGGAGAUGGAAGGGUCAACUACAAGGAGUUCAAGCAAAUGAUGAAGGGAGGUGGGUUUAGCGCAUUGAGUUAACAAAUGGAAUUGUUCUUAGAUGGGGCCUUGGGGGGUCUAUUAAAUUGGAUGUGUAAAUAUUUUUGAGAAUGUACACAAAGAAAAAGAAUGAGUGGUGAUCACAUGUGGUCGGUCACAUGGUACGGUGCGAACUGUGGUGUACAUGGCUAACGGGCAUUGGCCAAUUAAGUCCGGGAGUAUGUCUGCGACGCACGGUGGGCUCCGGUGAAGCCUUGUCUUAGCUCCGGCCAGUAUGCUGUCUGUGGAUGCGUUUAGGAAUGAUCUGUGGGCCAAAUGUUGGGAGAAGGGGAAUAGGAAGGCAUAGAAUAGAAGUCGUUGGGGAAAGCAUAUGAUCAGUUUUAUCACCAAAAAGAACGCAAUUGUGUUUUUUCUUGUGGAAUUUUCUUUAUAAUCAUGUCAUUUUUAUUAUUUCCCCCAUUGUAUUUGUUAUUUCAUCAUGGAGAGUGUAUUUUGUUAUCAUGAAUUUGAUUACAUUGUACUAAACCCAUCCCUCUCCGAUUCUCAGUUCUGUUAUCCUGAUUAGAAUAAGACAUUGCAAACCUAACCUGGCUUGCAAGAAUUCUACUUUAA